GUAAGGCAUUUAACCACUUGAUUGUUAAUUGAUUAUCAGCUGAGUGAAACAGUUUAAAAGGACACCCUUGGCAGUGUUGGGCACUGCAGCUGGUCUCUCCACUUUGUAGCAAGAUGGCAGGUAAGAACGUGUUGAUUGUGUAUGCCCACCAAAGUGCUGGCUCCUUCAAUGCAGCUGCCAAGGAUGCUGCAGUGGAGCUGCUGACUGCCCAGGGCUGCAAGGUGGUCGUGUCAGACCUGUAUGCCAUGGGCUUUAAAGCCACAGCCACCAAAGAAGACAUUACUGGUGAGCUGAAGAAUGCUGAGCACUUCCGGUAUGGAGAGGAGACCAAGGUGGCCUGGCAGGAAAACCGCCUGAGUGCCGAUCUGGUGGAAGAGCACAAGAAGGUGGCAGAUGCUGAUCUCGUUAUCUUCCAGUUUCCGAUGUACUGGUUCUCCAUGCCAGCCAUCAUGAAGGGUUGGAUUGAUCGUGUCCUCACACAAGGCUUUGCCUACACACCGGAGAAACGCUACAGUCAGGGACCCUUCAAGGAGAAGCUUGCUAUGCUGUCUUUCACCACUGGCUCCCAAGAGUCCAUGUUCAACUCUAAUGGAAUCAAUGGGGAUAUGAAUGUCACCCUGUGGCCAAUUCAGAAUGGCAUCCUCUACUACUGUGGCUUCCAGGUCCUGGCCCCACAGAUCUUCUGGGCCCCGCCGCACAUCACGGCCGAGGGCCGCAGCAGCGUGUUGGAGGGCUGGCGCAAACGCCUCCUCGGCCUGCUGAGUGAGCCGCCGCUGUCCUUCACGCCCUCGGACAGCUUCGACACCAGCAGCGGCUUCCAGCUCAAGAGUGAGGUGAAGGAGAAGCAGGCAGAGGCUGAAUACGGCCUGACCGUCGGCCACCAUCUUGGAAAACCCCUUCCUCCCAACAACCAGUUCAGGCCCACCCUGUGUCUCGGCUCAGCAUGAGCCCAUGUUGCCUUUUUAGUUCUGCUAAUAAAAGAUGGAUUGUAAAACUA